CAACAGAAGCUAUGACGUUUCUUGCAUUUCCGGUGUAAACCAACAUGCUGUGGGCAAUACAAACUUCGAAGUGAAGAGAAGUCUGUUGAUCUACGUUCGGUGUUUCGCAUUAUCCGCACCAAUGGCUGAUGUAAAUCUAAGUGAAGCUGAAAAAACAUUUAUUCUCCACAGUGUCCAGGAUAAUUUUCGUGAUGAUGGGCGCAGUUGUGAAGACUUUCGACAUAUGGAAAUUGAAACUGGACUGAUAUCAAACACCAAUGGGUCUGCUCGAGUGAGGUUGGCAAGUACUGAUGUUCUGGUCGGGGUAAAGGUGCAGCUGUCUCCAGUGGACCCCGAGAAUCCUGAAGUGGGGAGGAUGGAGUUCUUUUUGGACUGCUCAGCCAAUGCUACUCCUGAAUUUGAAGGCAGGGGAGGAGAAGAACUGGCCUCUGAGAUCACAGCUCUCCUGACACGAGCCUAUGGCUGUCCCAGCACUAUGGACUACCCUUCCUUGUGUGUUCUUCCCGGGCAGCAGUGCUGGUUACUCUAUGUGGACAUCUUGCUGCUUGAAUGUGGUGGAAAUUUGUUUGAUGCGAUGUCUCUUGCAGUGAAGGCAGCAUUGUUCAAUACCAAAGUCCCCAAUGUCACCAUGACUAAAGAUGAGGGAGGGAUAGAACUGGAUGUUUCCGAUGACCCCUACGACUUCAAGCGUCUUGAUGUGACUGGAGCUCCACUGGUAGUCACUGUCAACAAGAUUGGACACUUUCAUGUCGUUGAUGCUAGUGAAAAAGAAGAGGCUUGUAGUCUUGCUAGAAUAAUGUUGGGUGUAACGCAAACUGGAACUAUUACUGCAAUGAAGAAAGAAGGCUCUGGCAGCUUGGAUGCUGAUAGCAUAUCAGAUAUGAUGGAGUCUGCAAAAAAAGUUGGAGUGCUGUUGAACAAAAGCUUGCUUAAGGCCCUUGGGGAAGAGGAAGAGCAAGGGACAGAAGCAGUAGGAUUUCUGAGAUAGUGAAGUGUGGAAUUUCAUCAGUGUGAAUUAAGGAUCUCUUCAUUUCCUUUUCCAUGGUGAAGACCAAGACAGAGUGAGCUGGCAUCACACAGUGCAAGAAAUUGGUCACCUGACUACCAGGGGACAGUUCUGCAAACUCACCACGUUUGUGCCAAUAGUACUGUUUUUCCUCUCACUUUGAAUUUACCUUCUUGGAAAGAGGAUUGCGCCACAUGUGACAUCAUUCAAAAGUUAGGUUUUUGCCCCCUCUGGAUUUGGCCCCGUCUAGAUUUAUAUAUGGCAAGUGGCUGAGGCGUCUUCUUCUGUGUAAUGAAGUAGGGAAGUAAAGUCAUGAAGUCAGUAUGGCCUUCAGGGUUAAGGGCUAUCGGAAUUUGCAUUUCUGUUGGCAAAAUAUGAAUGUUGCUGGUUUCCCCCCCCCCCGGACAGGACACAAGCUUGUCACUGGUGGUGCCCUCCACUAGAAGAUGCUGGUGCACGAUUUGCCCCUGAGUGGCUUGUGGAAAAGGUGAAAAGCAUGCUUUUUGUUUAAUUCUACCAGUCGGUGAUAAUGCAAUGCUAUGAGUAUAAGUCAGGUUAGUUUUCGGUGUCAAAAUGUUUGGAUUUCUUUCUACUUGUUGGCCUUUCUGGUAUGUUUUGGGUUGUUGUUGGGUUUUUUUCAUCUGUACUCAGAUCAUUGUUUUGUAAGUUGUGCCUUGUAAAACUAAUUAAAAAAUUGGAGGCAAUUCCCUCCCACUGCAUUUAACCCUAUCCGUACGCCCUGGGGUCAUUUUGUACCCCCGGGGUUGUAUUCUUCACAUUUUAGAAUA